AUGAGGUGGGAGGCAAUCUCCAUCAAUCCAGAAAUCACAAGACAACUACCAGUCUGGUUCCACCUGGGGGCCUCGAACGAACUUAAGAAACUGAAUAACCGCCUUUACGCCAACUGCCUAAGAGCGGGACAUAAAGCCCUCUCAGUAGGCAAGCUAGAGGCCCUAACACUAAGACAGGACCCGUCGCACAGGAAACACCACAAGUGCCCCUGCACCAACUGUACCUAUGACAGAACCCUGCAAUGCAAAAAACCAUUCAAGUGCAUGCAGCUCGCAAAAGACAUCCUCACCUGUAUCCUCCCAAAAUGGAACCCUCAGUCGUGCACCACACCCUAUGCACUUAACAUAUCACCCGAGCAAAUAGCCACCGUCGAAGAAACCCAAAGCGACCAAGCUCCCGCUCCCUUCGACCCCAUCUUCCCCACAACAGACUCCUUAGACUCAGGAUUCAGAGCUUUCAUCACCCCCAGAACACCCUGCACCCUCCCAGCAAGGCAAAUCAGAGAACAACAAAGAAAUACCCCAGAACUUAUCAGGAUCAUAAUCGCAUGCUCGCACCAAAUCAACAGGAACAGUGACCACGAAUCCAGUGGGGUUGCGUGGCUUGGACAUGGCAACAUCCGCAACAAAGCGAUAAAACUGCCAGAAGACUUAGCAGCACCGGGAGCAAGAGAAGCAGGAGCUCUACUUACAGCCAUUUCCACCCUCCCUACUAACAUUCCCCUU